AUGGCCGUCGAUUCGUCAUCAUCUGAAGCAAAAGUUCAUAUAGUCUACACAGAAAGACCCGAAGGUGAAGAGCCAGAAGCCUACCAUAUCAAGACCCUAACCUCUGUUCUUGGCAGUGAGGAUGCUGCAAAGGAGGCUCUGGUGUAUAGUUACAAGCAUGCUGCAAGUGGCUUCUCUGCUAAGCUGACCCCAGACCAGGUCUCUCAACUUUCGAAACAACCCGGUGUGCUUCAGGUCGUGCCCAGCCAAACUGUCCACCUCCAUUCUGGACCCGGAAAGACUCAAGUGUAUUGGACCCUCAUUUCUGCACAUUUGGUUCUAGCUGCACCAUUAGCCAUGAGACAAUUCAGAAAUCUUUGA